UAUCCAUGUUGAGUGACGAUUGCCUGAGCUUAAAGAAGUUUCGGUAUUGAAGUGAGGUUAGGUGGGAUAGAGAACAUGCGUUCUUCACGUUUAAGAUAAAAUACAUGUCAGCAGAUUUUUCAGCCAUCGACUACAAAAAUGAUGACAUAUUUCAAAUUCCCAGUGUUCUUGUACUCAAUACUAAAAAAUUAAUACAUGUCAAACGGGUUCAGCCGAAUGAUCUGAUCCCGAAGAUAAGAACCGUAUGUCUCUAAUUUAUGCGGAGAUGGAAGUGAACUGGGAAUCCGUGCUACUCGUCCAUAAACUAAUUCAAAUGGUGUGGAGUUUGUGGAUUCAUGAACGGAUGUAUUGUACGCGAACAUCGCGAAUGGCAAGAAGCGAUCCCAAUCACCAAUUCCUCUGCAUAGUGUUUUUUAUGUAGUCGUUCUCGCUUACGUUUGCUUGUAAUGCUGCAUCUUUGAUUAGUGAGGAUACAACGGGGUGCCCCGUAUUGAGCGAAUAGAUGUUGUGCGACGGCAUGAGCUAUUAUAGAUUUCUUAUUUGGUAUGGGGACUGCAAUGUAUAAUUUUGAAAAGUUAUCCUGCAUAGAUAAUAUAGAAAAUAAUCAUGAGGAUAAUAUCGUGCUACAUUCGACGAAUUAUCAUCGCAGCAUUUGUCGCUGCAUUCGUUUAUUGUAUUGUGCAAGUUUUAAGAUCUGAACUAAAAUUCAAUGAUACUGACCCACCUCAGUUGGAGAAACUCUUGCGUAUUUCGCAAAUCAUUAACGAUGCUAAGCAACAAACAGUGUAUAAAGGAGAUGGGGCACCGGCUUGUAAAUUUCCUGAUCUUGACAUUUUAAAUCCGGAAAUAAUGAAGUUUAUUAAAGAAGUCAAGCCUUUGAACUGUAAACCGGAAGAUUGGGUUGUAGUUGAUGGAUCAAAAUUGCAAAUUGCGAAAAGCGCUAAAGAAAUAAAUGGACAAAUAACUUGUGCUUUCAGUGAAAUCGUGAGGGUCGAUGAUUUUAAAGUACGUUUGACUAAGGCGGUUGAAUCUGAUGACUGCUACAUUCUUAAGGAAAGUGAUUUUGCAGAUGUGAGAUGUGAAUCUCGAACGGGAAAACAGUGGCAUAGCGUACUAGCUGGAGUUAAAAGAGAUCUACCCGUAAAAUUAAGUGUCACGUGGGACAAAGUUCCCGAAAAAGCUCUUAAGUUAAAUGUCCUGUUGUUCGGAUUUGAUUCCUUAUCACGAAAUACAUUCAUUCGCAAGUUACCAAGGUCUUACCGAUACUUAAAACAGAAUCUAGACUCUCUAGUUUUGGAGGGUUAUAACAUCGUCGGUGAUGGAACACCGCAAGCUCUGAUCCCCAUUCUUACUGGAAAAAUUGAACUUGAACUACCGGAAACUAGAAAGCGAAUGGGAAUGAAAGCGAAUUACGUCGAUAUAUUUCCCUUAAUUUGGCAGAAAUACAAGGACAGUGGCUACAUUACUGGCUUUAUGGAAGAUGUUCAUCACAUUGGAACGUUUACUUACCGUCUCAAGGGAUUUAAAAAACAACCAACAGAUCAUUACAUGAGGACAUUUUAUUUAGCUGCUGAACCGCUUUUUAGGUACUCGCAGAAAUUUUGUCUUAAUGGAGUUCCGCGUCAUUCGGUGAUGAUGAACUACAUCAAAACCAUUUUCGAUGCAUAUAAGGACCAGCCAAAAUUCAUAUUUGGUUUUCACGGGGAACUUUCGCACGAUUCUUACAAUGACAUUGGGGCUGCGGACGAAGAUGUCUACCACUGGAUAAAAAGUUUGAAUAGCAGUGGUCACCUGAACAACACGAUUCUGAUUGUAAUGAGCGAUCACGGACACAGGUUCGCAGCAAUCAGAAAUACCGUACAAGGCAAACAAGAGGAGAGGUUACCAUUUUUCUCCUUUACAUUUCCGCCUUGGUUUAAACAAGUUUAUCCACGAGCAUACGCUAAUUUCGUUUACAAUACGCAACAUCUAACGACGCCUUUCGACAUUCACAGAACAAUUGAAAAAGUAUUGGAUUUCAAAACCCCUAAAGAAGGUGAUGUACGGGAGCGGGCUAUUAGUCUGUUUGACAAGGUUCCUUUGGAUCGAACAUGUGCUGAUGCUUUCAUAGAACCACACUGGUGUGCUUGUCUUAACUGGCAGGAGAUUUCAGUUAGCCACCCAACAAUAGUUGCUGCCGCAAACCACUUUGUUAAAAUUUUGAAUUCGUACACUGAAGAUCAUCGUAAUAUAUGCUCAAAACUACAGCUCCGCGACAUUUUAUGGGCUGCUAAAUUAACACCAACAAAAGGGCUUUUGAAUUUUCAGAAAUCAGGUGACCAAGACGGGUUCGUUGGUGAUUUUUCUGCAAAAACUGAAAUCACUUCGGAAAUGUAUCAACUCAAAGUAAAAACAGAUCCCAGCGGAGGUAUUUUUGAAGCAAGUAUCACUUAUGAUGUAAAGAACAACGUGUUCUCCCUAAAGAUAUCAGACAUUAGUCGAAUCAAUAUGUACGGAUCGCAAGCGAGGUGCGUCGAGAAUCACUUGUACGAUUUACGCAAAUAUUGUUAUUGCAGAGACUAAAGAAGACAAUUGAGAAUUAGUACGAUUUAUAGCGAUAAUAUCCUAAUUAGGUAAAGAUUUAAAACGUGAUACCAAAAAGAACUGCAGUUACCCAAAGCCGAUUGAUGUUUUAUAACUGAUUUUUUGCAUAAAUCUAAAAUAUCUGCCAUUAGUAAAUGUCACAAAGUAUUUUUAACAAUCUUUGAAAAACAGACUCACGAGUCACGACCAAGUAUUUAUUUACUCAAAUUGUUCUACAUUAUAAUAUAUUUGCUAUACAUAUGAUUUAUCGGAGAAAAUUGAAUGGUAGUACAUAUCUGAAAAUCAAAAGCAGUUAGAUAUACUGUUUAUUGCUUAGUAAGUGCAAAAAUCUACAUUGUCAUUUUACACCAAACUGUGGACAUUUCAGGAUACCUGUUAUUGUUGGCAUAAUCCUAGUUGAUUAACGACAUUUAGGAUACCAUUUAAAAUCUAAAUAUUGUUUUUCUGAAAGUCUGGCCCCCAAAUGUAUACAUUUGAACAAAAUGCACAAUGAUUUUCCCGUAGAAAGCGGGAAAAGCCUAAGUCAAUGUAUUUUGAUGUACUGAGUAGGAAUAUGGUCGUAUAAGUACUUGAUGAAAAUUUAUUAUGCAUGGGCCAAAUAUUGUUCGCCCUCGGUAUCAGCCAUCAUACUAGUUGAAAUAAGUGGACGUCACCGCCUGAAGUAAAUUGGAACUGGUUUAGUGGUGCAACUGAAAGUAUUUCUGUGUUUGAUCACAAAAGACUAAUCAUAGAGACAUUGGAGAGGGGUAGCCCUGCUGGAAGUAAAUGGAUAGAGUCUUUAUCCGUUUGAAUCAUUUUUUACCAUUAAGAUUGAAAUGGAAUGAACCGAUGUAACCAUCUUGGUCCCACGUCUAUCCCUUUGAUCAUUUUCUAUCUUGUUUCGAAAUUACAAUCACCUCUAUUCUUUUGAAUGCCAAUCUUCCUAUCCAUGUCUAUCCGCCACUCAUCCACAUGUAUCCUUUUAUUUCCACUCCCAAUCCCUGUUCUCGUGUUUCUUUGCAAAUUAAUUUUUCGCUUAUCCACGCCUAUCUUCUUCUAUCCGUUGGGCAAUAAUAAAUGUCGUUUAUCUUUUUUAUUCCUUAUUAUCCUAUCCAAGUGAAUCCAUUUCUAUCUUUUCAGAAAUAUAAGAUAGCCCUAGCUUCAUGAAUCUCAGUAUUUCUAUAUAAAUGAAUCCACAGCUUAUCCACCUUUAUUCUUUUCUAUCUGUUGGGCAAUAUUAAAUUUCGUCUAUCUUUUUUAAUCCCUAUUUUCCUGUAAGUGAAUCUAUUUCUAUCUUUUCUGAAAUAUAAGAUAGCCCUAUCUUCUUGCAUCCUAAUCUUUCUAUCUAUAUCAAUGCUCUAAUUAAGUACCUCUAUCCUUUUCUAUCUUUUUUGGAAAUAUGAACUAGUCCUAUCUUCAUAACAGAAAAAAUUAUAUGUAUCUUAAGAAUGUAGCUAUUAGGUGAAACGGGAUCGAAUUAAAGGAAAACC